AUGCGCGUGUAUGUCGAGCGCUUUGGAAGUGAUCGACGAGAGGCUCAUGUCGCAGCGAAUGCAACGGUGGCAGACUUGGGCAAUGAAGUGAGAAAAUUGUGGCAAGUUCCUCCCACACAUCAAGUACACGUGAUCGCCGGUGAUAUAGCGAUGAAUCCGUCAGAUCGCCUAUCGUUCUACGGUAUCACAGAUGGAUCAGUCCUAAACGUUGAUUUCACAUCUUCCGAUUGA